AUGUCGAACACAGUGACCAGAGACUCAACUCCGUCAAAGUCAGACGCCGCCCUACAAAGAGGCAACCGAAAGCGAUCCUUCACUGAAAGUGACGAUGAGUACGAGGCGUACCUCGAAGAGCGAGCACGAAAGCGCAAGUCACCACCAGAACCAGCUCUCUGGUGUCCAUUCACCGACAAUUUCUUCAACGACAUGGCCACAAUCAUCGCACGAGAUUUUCCAAUCACCCAAUUCGCAGAGAGACACAACUGCGAGAAAAGAGACGUCUUACACGCCCUACACGCGGUAGUCAUGGAUCCUCUCCGCAGAAGCCAGCCAUGGUACGAAGGCAUGUCUGUCUCCGAAAACGCUCAAAUUCUCAUCUCAAACUGGCGUGCCCCUCCUUACAUCCCCUCCCCGUCUGGACUUCCGGGAGUAGUAGUAGGCUCACAGGAUUUGCCUAUUCUCAUCGCCGAUGAUUCUCCUCAACCGUCGAGUCCGAGUGGAACUUCGGAAAUAUAUGGGAUUGGUCCUGGCAAAACUAGCCUCGGUGGCUUCGAACGGAACCCUAAGGAUCAACUUGCUGCUGUUCUUCGCGCCUUCGAAAAGGGGAGCCCGGGUUGCAAGAAGGAAAGAUACGACUCGCUGACUCCUUCGGUGGAUGGCUCUGCUCGCUCAGCCCCCGCUGCUUUGGGGAUUGUCCCCCCCAUCGAACAGUCCGAACCAGCAUCAGGGUCGGGAACCCAUGCUCGGUGA